AUGUGGCUAAUAAAUCUGAUUGUAUUUUGUCUCAUAUUUGAGUUUUCUACCCAAGAAGAAGUUCUUUUGAAUAUUCCUCAAGGAACAUUAAAGGGUUUAAAAUCUACAACGGUAUAUCAUGGAAUGCCCAUGUAUAGUUUUAAGGGUAUACCUUAUGCCAAACCCAAUAUUGGACCAAAUAAAUUCCAAAUUUCACAGCCAGCAGAUGGCUGGAAUGAAGUAAGAGAUGCUACAAGUCAUGGUGCAACUUGUGUUUUUUAUUGUAUGGUUCGUCGAGAGCUAGUUGGUGAUGAUGAUUGUCUUUUUAUAAACGUUUAUACACCGGAUUUAAAUAAAGAUGCUAAACGAGCAGUUAUGGUAUGGUUUCAUCCCGGUGGUUUUAAUGCUGGAUCUGGUGAUGAUGAUCUUUUUGGGCCAGAUUUUUUAAUUGAAAAAGAUGUUAUACUUGUUACGAUGAACUUUCGUUUAGGCGCUGUUGGAUUUCUCAAUACUCUCGAUGAUAAUGCACCUGGAAAUGCCGGUUUGAAAGACCAGGUAUUAGCUCUGAAGUGGGUGAGAGAUAACAUCGUUAACUUUGGUGGUUGUCCUGAUAGAGUGACUAUAUUUGGUACAAGUUCUGGUGGUGCUUCGGUCCAGUACCAUAUAAUAUCCCCUAUGUCACAAGGUUUAUUCAAACGUGCAAUUAUGCAAAGUGGAUCAGCAACCAGCCCUUGGGCUUUGUCUUAUACUCCUAAAGAAGAUUCUAUGCUACUUGCUGAUAAAUUUGGAAUCAAAGCUACUUCUACGGCAGAAUUGGUGCAAAAAUUAGCAGAAAUUCCGACAAAAGAUUUAGCAAUAGCUUCCAGUCAACUUGCUCAAGACAAAAAUUUUUUUAGUGGUGAUUUGCAUGUUUUCGUACCAUCAGUUGAAGCUAAUCAUGGACAAAACAAAUUUUUACCAGCUGAUCCAUGGGAAUUACUGAAAUCUGGAAAAAUAGCUGAUAUUCCUGCAAUAACGGGCCUUACUGCUGAUGAAGCAGGCCUUUUUACACCUUUCGUGCUAUCAGUUGCUGAUGACUUUGCCAAUCAUUUCGAUCUAUUUAUACCUAAAGAUCUAAAUAUUACUGAUCCAGCUAAAAGACAAGUGAUUGGUGAUUCCAUUAAAAAGUUUUACUUCAAUGGAAAAGCUAUUGGUAGUGAAGCUGCGAUGGAACUCACUAGUUUAUUGUCUGAUGUAUACUUCAUUUAUGGAUCUGCACUGAGUGGAAAAAUUAUGAGUUCAAGAAACUCGGCACCUGUUUAUGAAUAUUUUUUUACCUUUCAAUCACCUUUUGGGUUAAUGAAAACAUUUUUCGAAAUAAAAGAUGCUAUGCAUGGUGAUGAAAUGACAUAUGAAUUUUACUCAAAUGCCCUUAAAUAUAAACCACAACCUGAGUCUAGAGAAGAACAAAAAACAAAUGAAAUUCUCGAAAUGUGGACAAAUUUCGCUAAAGAAGGAAAUCCUUCAAUCACUAUGGACGCAGCAAAAGUUAAAUGGGAACCUAUGGGUGCAGAUGGAAACUACUUGGAUAUUGGCAAUGAUCUUACAAUGAAAAAAUCAAUUCUGAAAGAACGUGUUGAUUUCUGGGCUGACAUUUACAAAGACGUUUUAGGCGAUUAUGUUAAACUUUUCAAUUGA